AUGCCGUGCCAAUCCCAGGAAUCAUGUCAGGGUUGUGCCUGCGACAGUCCUUCCCCUGUGAAUAUCGAAGACUGUGAAGCCGAACUGCAGGCGCUUCGGAAACGCACCGCAGAGCUCGAGACGACCUUGAAGAGCGCCCAAGAUGGCUCGUCGAGGACCUGCAGGCCCCGAAAGAAACUGCGAUCGACCCACUGGUUCAACUGCGAAAGCGAUCCCGGAAUGACGGCUCUGUAUAUCGAACGGUAUCUCAACUACGGUCUCACCCGGGAGGAGCUGAUGGCCGGCAAGCCGAUCAUUGGCAUCGCGCAGUCCGGAUCGGACCUCUCCCCCUGCAAUCGCCAUCACUUGGAACUAGUGAAACGAGUACGAGAAGGGAUCCGUAUGGCUGGGGGCAUUGCCUUGGAGUUUCCCACCCAUCCCAUCCAGGAGAGUAGUCGACGGCCGACCGCCUGCAUCGAUCGGAAUCUGUCGUAUCUAGGUCUGGUCGAGAUCCUGCACGGUUAUCCCUUGGAUGGUGUGGUGCUGCUGACGGGCUGCGAUAAAACCACCCCGGCGGCUCUGAUGGCUGCUGCUACGGUGAACAUCCCUGCGAUCUGUCUCAACGUGGGCCCUAUGCUUAAUGGAUAUGUGAAGAACGAGCGGGCUGGAUCCGGCAUGGUGGUCUGGAAGGGUCGAGAGAUGUAUGCCGCCGGGGAGAUCACUCGAGAGGAGUUUAUUGACUAUGUGUCGAGAGGCGCCCCGUCCGUGGGACAUUGCAACACGAUGGGAACCGCUUCGACGAUGAACGCUUUGGCCGAGGCGCUGGGAAUGGCUCUCCCUGGAUCGGCUGCAAUUCCCGCCCCGUACCGCGAACGCGGACAAUGCGCCUACGAGACGGGGAGACAGAUCGUCGAGAUGGUACACGUCGAUCGCAAACCCAGCGAUAUUAUGACGCGCGCAGCCUUCGAGAACGUCAUCGCGACGAAUACUGCCAUCGGCGGAAGCACCAACGCCCCGAUCCACAUCAACGCCAUCGCCAAGCACAUGGGGGUGGAGAUGUCGCUGGAUGAUUGGGACCGGCUGGGAUUCCACAUUCCCCUGCUCCUCAACAUGCAACCGGCCGGCGAGCUGCUGGGCGAGGAAUACUACCGCGCCGGGGGUCUUCCUGCGAUCAUGGCGGAGUUGCUGAGCGCCGGGAAAUUAAACCAAGAUGCGAUGACCUGCAACGGCCGCACGGUGGCUGAAAAUGUGCGAGGAAAACACUCCUGGGACCGUCGCACGAUUCGCGCAUACGGGAAGCCUCUCCUGGAAAAUGCCGGGUUCCUGCACCUGCAGGGAACGCUCUUCCAGUCGGCCAUCAUGAAGACCUGCGUGAUCUCGCCACAAUUCCGCGCCAAGUUUCUGGAGGACCCGGACGAUCCGAACGCAUUCGAAGGCACGGUGGUUGUCUUCGAUGGUCCCGAGGAUUAUCAUCGUCGACUCGACGACCCGACCACCCCCAUCAGCGACAGCAGUAUCUUGGUCAUGCGCGGCGCCGGUCCGCUGGGCUAUCCCGGCGCUGCAGAGGUGGUCAACAUGCACCCGCCGGGCCGACUGCUGCGUCAGGGGAUCAAGUCACUGCCGUGUAUCGGCGAUGGACGACAGUCAGGCACGUCAGGAUCGCCGUCGAUUCUCAACGCCAGCCCGGAAGCAGCGGCUGGAGGCAACCUGGCGGUUUUGCGAGACGGGGACAGGCUCCGGGUUGAUCUCACCCGACGACGUGUCGAUAUCCUGGUGUCUGCAGGGGAGCUCGAGGCGAGACGAGCCGCACUGGACGCUCGAGGUGGUUACGAGGUGCCGGGAAGUCAGACGCCCUGGCAAGAUCUGUUCCGCAGGGAGACUACGCAGCUGAGCGAGGGAAUGGUGCUGCGAGAGGCUGUGAAAUAUCAACGGUUGGCGCAGAAGUACGAGGAACCAAGGCAUAAUCAUUGA